GGUACAAGGCGGCGCGACACUAGGAGCGACCGAUGGCCCCAGAGCUUGGUGUGGAGGGAAACUUCGAGGACUAAACAUCGUUGUAGGCACGGACGCCGCAGGAACCAGCGAAGGAGCUACCAGUCUCGGUGGGAAUAUCGGCGAUGACAACAAACUCAAAGCUGCUAAAUACGACGACAGAGCUGGAGCAGUUGAUGCGAUCGUUAAAGCGACGAGUUGUGGCGUGGACGAUACCACGAUCGUUGUGUUUAUGCUAGAAGAACUAGCUGUCGCCGAAGGCGUGGACCCACCAGGGAACGACAUAACGUCGUCCUAA